ACCGCGGGGCCACAGGCGGAGCCAGCGCUCCGCCGCGGCUUUCAGACUCGGACCAUGGCCUCAUGCCGGUGGCCCUGGCGCCGCUGCUGCUCCUGGAGGCCGGCGGCCGGGAGCCCCGGCCCCCCGGGCCGCGCCGGGCUGCCCGGGCCACCCUCGGCUGCAGACGCCAGUGCUCAGAUGUCCUAUUUUAAUCUUGUGAAGAGUUUAACAUCUGCUUUUCCAAAUAGGUAUAGUAUGUCACGGUUCCAUCACUCGACGUCGGCCGCGUGCUGUCAUAGCAGAACACAGAGUGGGGAGCAGUACAGCGAUCCUUUCAAACUCGGCUGGAGAGACUUGAACGGUCUGUAUGAGGACAUUAGAAAGGAACUACUCAUAUCUACAACAGAACUUAAGGAAAUGUCUGAAUACUACUUUGAUGGAAAAGGAAAAGCCUUUCGACCAAUUAUCGUGGUGCUAAUGGCCCGGGCGUGUAAUAUUCAUCACAAUAAUUCCCGAGAUGUGCAAGCAAGCCAGCGCUCCAUAGCCUUAAUUGCAGAAAUGAUCCACACCGCUAGUCUGGUACACGACGAUGUCAUCGACGACGCAAGUUCCCGGCGAGGAAAACACACGGUUAAUAAGAUCUGGGGUGAAAAGAAGGCUGUUCUUGCUGGUGAUUUAAUUCUUUCUGCAGCAUCUAUAGCUCUGGCACGAAUUGGAAAUACAACUGUGAUCUCUAUUUUAACCCAAGUUAUUGAAGAUUUGGUGCGUGGUGAAUUUCUUCAGCUAGGGUCAAAAGAAAAUGAGACCGAAAGAUUUGCACACUACCUUGAGAAGACCUUCAAGAAGACCGCCAGUCUGAUAGCCAACAGUUGUAAAGCAGUCUCUGUCCUAGGAUGCCCGGACCCAGUGGUGCAUGAGAUUGCCUAUCAAUACGGAAAAAAUGUGGGCAUCGCCUUUCAGCUCAUAGAUGAUGUGCUGGACUUCACCUCGUGUUCUGACCAAAUGGGCAAACCAACGUCAGCGGACCUGAAGCUCGGGUUAGCCACUGGCCCGGUCUUGUUUGCUUGCCAACAGUUCCCAGAAAUGAAUGCUAUGAUAAUGAGACGGUUCAGUUUGCCGGGAGAUGUGGACAGAGCUCGACAAUAUGUAUUACAGAGUGACGGUGUGCAGCAAACCACCUACCUCGCACAGCGGUACUGCCAUGAAGCAGUACGAGAGAUCAGUAAACUUCGACCAUCCCCGGAAAGAGAUGCCCUCAUACAGCUUUCAGAAAUUGUCCUCACAAGAGAGAAAUGACAACUCUUUCUGCUGCUUCUGGCAGCUAUUCCACCAGACCGUGCCUAAAAAAUUCUGUGAAAUAUUCUUUGCUUCAUGUGCAGGUAACCAAAAAUCAUUUCAAAAAAUCAUUUCAACGUUAUCGAUGGGCAAUUUUUUUAUUGGCAAAGUUUUUCAGAAAACUUUUUAAAUGGAAUUAAACCAUCCAAAUCUGUCACUCUAGUUCUGUAAAUUCUAAUCGAGGUAUCUUGAUGGUUAUAUGUGGUAUUGUUUACACUGUUAAGAUCCACAUGUAAAGCAUUACACAAAUAAAUAAUCAAUGUUAAAAUUCAAA